GAUUUUUCUCUUCAACAUCAGAGAUUUCAACAACAUCAGAGAUUUGAAGUCUAAGCUUGAAUAUGAGCAAUUCAUCCGGAGCUACGAGUGGAGCAUCAAAUGUGGGACAGAGAAGAAGAGUUGUGGGUGUGCCGAAGAUGUGUUGGUGUGGAGCAAGUAUCUCGGCGAUCAUCUCCAAAUCCGCCGCCAAUCCAUACCGCCGUUACUAUCGUUGUGCUUAUGCUGCAUCACAUAAGCUUAUCGAUGAUAACCACACUUUCAAGUGGGUUGACGAAGCUUUGUUAGAUGAGAUAGAGAGAUUGAGUGUAAGAACGACUGCACUUGAACAAACCAUGUCCCAGAUUACAUCAGAGACUAUGGAUCACCAGAAGAUGAUUUUUGAGAGGAUGCAAAUGAAGCUAGAGAAAGAGAUUUUUGAGAGGGUAGAAGCAGAACUGUUGGAAUCCAAAUCAAGCAUGAAGAAAAUGUCGAUUGCUGUCAUCGUAGGGUGUAUGAUCAUGCUUGGUUUGAGUAAUGUGAUAGGCUGAAACGAGUGUAUUGGCUUGUUGUUGUUGGUCUUUGUUUGUGCUUCUUGUUUUGUUUUGUUCUUGUUGUUGUAAUGUCUAAUGAAACAUGAAAUUUGGUUCUUGUGCUUGUUA